GUGGCACCGUGUGACGUCAUCAGUGCGCGGCAGCGUCCCUCUGUUCUCGCUGUUGAUCCGCUCGGAUUUGAACGUUGAAACUUACUCCGAUCUCGAGAGAAUCACGUCGGGCAGGAUAGAGUGAAGAUGAUGGAAGAGAGUGGAAUAGAGAGCACACCGCCUGCCACCCCCCCACCACCCCUCACAGCAACCAUCAGCCCCCCUCCACCCACCGCAGGGAUUUCCAGCCCUCUGACGCACCCCAGUCCCGCUGGCGUCUCUAGUUUUGCCCCAGGAGCUUUUUCCAGCCCUCUUCCGGCCCUGACCUCCACCCUGCCGCCCAUGCAUUCAUCUGCUCCUCCUCUCUCUUUCGGCUUGGUAUCGUCUGCUCCGGGCACGAGUGCUCCGUACAGCGGUCCCAUGGCACCAUUUGCCUCUCCGUCCGCUGUCCCGCCGCUCAGCACAGCGGCAUUGUCGGGCUCCGCCCUCUCUGCUCCGCCCACCGCUGGCUUCUCUGUAAGCGCAGGAUACGACAUCACCCGUGGCCACGCUGGGCGCACCCCUCAGACGCCGCUGAUGCCCAGUUUCUCCAGUGCCCCACCGAUGCCCGGCAUCGUCAGCAAUCCCAUGAUGCAGCAGCCGGUGUCUGGAAGCUUAGACGUCAGUUCUCCCAUCACAUUCCCCGAGGACACUGAAGACCCCAGAGUGACUCCCGACAGCGCCGACUCUGCUGGAGGAUUAUGGGGCUUCAUCAAGGGUGUAGCCGGUAAUCCCAUGGUGAAGACGGUUCUGGAUAAAACCAAACACUCGGUUGAGUCCAUGAUAACCACACUGGAUCCUGGAAUGGCUCCUUACAUCAAGUCCGGUGGUGAUGUGGACAUCGUGGUGACGUCAGAUAAGGAGGUGAAGGUGGCGGCGGUGCGGGACGCGUUUCAGGAGGUGUUUGGUUUGGCCAUGGUGACGGCAGAGGCCGGACAGUCUAACAUCGCCCCUCAGCCUGUGGGAUACGCAGCAGGAGUGAAGGGAGCUCAGGAGCGCAUUGACGGCCUGAGGCGUACAGCGAUCAUUCACGAGAAACAGCCUGUGGUCUCUGUGGAAAACUUCAUCGCUGAACUUUUUCCUGACAAGUGGUUUGACAUCGGCUGUCUGAUCUUAGAUGACCCUGGAAAUGGAGUUCACAUUGAAACGUUCACUCAGGCGACACCUCUAGCUCUGGAACAUGUUCAACAGGCUCAAUCCCUCACUCCUCCGGACUAUAACCUGCGCUGGUCUGGUCUGAUGGUGACCGUCGGUGAGGUUCUGGAGAGAAAUGUGCCAAACAUCACCCGUUCAGACUGGCAUCAAGCUUUCACCGGCAUGUCACGCAGACAGAUGAUUUACUCCGCCGCUAAAGCUUUAGCUGGCAUGUACAAACAGCGGCUGCCCUCCAGGACACUGUGAUGGGGAUGUGCGUCAGGACUACAGUCACCCACAAUGCACGUGGAGUCUGAUUCUGUCCACACGCGUUUUAAAGCACAUCACAUGAGAACCGAGUUGACAUGCCAAAAACAGACGUUUGCUGUUUCUCUGCUCCAGCUUUGACAUAAACUAUAUGUUACAGGGAUCAUCUUUUAAACGAUUCUUUGAAUCACAGUUUUAGCCUUGAUUAUUAUGUUGAUCAUUGACAGUCUGUAUGACGUUGACAUUGAAAACACACGUGAUGGUCUGAAUGUGAGAAUCAGAUUCAUGUGUGUCCUCGUUCGCUCAUAUGUUUACAUUUAAAUGAGAGUCCGAUAAAUAUAAAUCCUUUUUAUUCUUGGAGAUUUUGAAAAAUUAACAAUUAAAAUGUACAGUAUAUUAUCAAUGGUGAUGACAUCUCUUAGGGUUUGGGAUUUUAUUUGAUAGUAUUUUUCUUCAGACUGUCUGUGUUUUUAUGUAGUUUGUUUAGUGUUUACUGAGGUUAAAUUAGAUCGGUUAGUACAACAAAGUGUGUUUGUUAGAUGAAAUGUUUGAUGAUGACGAUGACGGGUCAGAGUGACACAGGACACACACACACUGACCUGAGGAUGACCUCUGACCUGAUGUGUAGCAAAUAUUUCCACAACCUUAAACAGAAAAUCUGCCUUGAAUGCAUCUUUUGGAUGUUGGUAAAAUUCCUCAAGAACAAGUCUGGAAGAUUUUCUUUCAUGGUAUUUUACUGCCGUGCCUUUGACCAGCAGAGAAGUAAAGACCUUUAUUAUUACAGACUGUUUGUUUUUCUGUUCUGCUUGCUGAUAGUAUUAAUUUAUUUCUGAUAAUAAUUUUUGGUUCCCACAACAUUUUUAAGGUGUGUUUUUGGUUACUCAGAAAAGAUAUUUUUAUGGAAAUAGGAUGUUAGUUUUAGUGCGUCGGAGUCGGAUCUAGGGUGGAGCUACAAGGGCAAAUUUCCCCCAGAUUUUAUUUGGGCUCCUCCAAGAAUGUCAAUUAAAAAGUAAACAUGAAGUACUUCUUAUUUGUAUUAUCUAUUAAAAAAAGUCUGAUUUAAUCACAGGAAAUUGUGAAAAUUAUGCAUGCAGUGAACUUUGAUUAUAUUACUAGAAAAGUUGUUGCCCAAUCAGAAUAUCUGAAUCCCUCCAGCAGCCGGUCUGUGUGCAAGAUUACGAAAUAAACCAGGCUUAUUUUGGAAAGUCAGACUUAUUGUCAGUCGAUUCGGUUUCAUAAAGCAUAAACUUAGAAUAAUUUAAAAUGCUGGGAAAUUAGCCUGGUCCAGGGCAGGCUAACUGUCGGGCUAAGCCUUAGUUGUUGCUUAACUAGAGGUCAACGUAAUGUGAUGAUAUUACCACUGAUUCUCUGUCAUGAUGCAAUAUUACAUCACUUUAAUGAACAUGAUAAAUAAAAAUAUAAAGAAAUCAAAUAAAUUAUAGAACACAAUAAUAAAUGAAUUUAUUAUCUGUUGUCAUACAUCUGUGUUAGAUUAUAUCGAUUUGAUAUACUGUAACUGUUUAAACUAAUGUCAAUAAAGUGUGGAUUUAAACAUUCCCCAAUAAAUUGAUAAUAGCUAUAAAAAUUUCAAACAAUUAUAUUGGCCAAAAAGAUGUAAAUCCAAAUAAAUUUAUAGUGACCUACAGUUUCAAAAAAUGGCAAGGUAAAAUGGGAUGCCUUGUGUGUGUUGUACAUUGUCUGCCUGAUGAGAGAGAGGCUGCCAAUGAUGGUUAUAGAGAAAGACUGAUGGGGCAUAAGAUGAUUUUUGAUGACAAUUAAACAGACAGAGUUAUCAUUUUCUGUAGCCUUACAUUUUUUUACUUUCCUUCAGUUUAAUAAAAUAAUUUUACUGUAGGCUGCUACUAAAGUAGGCUGUAGGCAUACUAUUAAAUAGUGUUGAAACAACAGGUCCUGUGUCACUGUCUUAUGGCGGUUUUUCUUGCAUCUUUUUCCAGUUGUUGGAUUUCAGCGUUAACUUUCAUCUUUAUUAACUUUUCAGCUAUAUUUAUUUUGGAGCGGAGGUAGAGCUUGUACACUGUCUUUAUCUUCUUUGCAUUUUGCUGUAAUGACUCAAUAUUCCCUUUGUCACAUGUGGUCCCAGUCUUCAGUGUCCUGCAGACAAUCUGCAAAAUACACAAUGUGAGCCCCUCAACACACAAGUGGGCCUUCGAAUCUAAUGUGCAAACAGUGAUUUCUGUACCUAGACUAACCUGUGAACAUACAGAUGCAUUAUUCUGAAUUGUAGAUGGUUACCUGAAAUAAAGAUUUAAACUCUGUUA